CGCGUAUCAAGUAACCCCGGAAGUGACUUCGAACACGCGAGUCAGGCAGUAUCGUUGUCGUUACGAAGCUACCGGUGGAGAUUAGCGCUGUAUUAAUUACAGAGACUGACUCUAUAGUCUAUCAAUAAUGAGUCUGUUAACAAAGCCCAAAUCGGAGAUGACCCCUGAGGAGCUCCAAAAACGUGAGGAGGAAGAGUUCAACACCGGGCCGCUGUCAGUGCUCACCCAGUCGGUGAAGAACAACACUCAGGUCCUCAUCAACUGUCGCAACAACAAGAAACUGCUUGGAAGAGUCAAAGCCUUUGACAGGCAUUGUAACAUGGUGCUGGAGAACGUGAAGGAGAUGUGGACGGAGGUUCCCAAAAGCGGGAAGGGAAAGAAGAAGUCAAAGCCCGUCAAUAAGGACCGCUACAUUUCUAAAAUGUUCCUCAGAGGAGACUCUGUGAUCGUCGUCCUGAGAAAUCCUCUCAUCACAGGAAAAUGAACUUUUAAAGGGUUCCACCUGUAGGAAGGUUUUGAAGGCAGGGGUUUGAUGUAUUUUCACCUUUUUUGUUUUUCCUUUUUGAUGUUGGAUGUUGUGGACACUGUUGAGACAGAAAAACUGUUGACAACACUGUGUCUCAAGAGGUUAGGUGCAGCAUGUGCUGAUUAUUUUGAUUUGUUUUUUUUGUUUUGUUUUUUUUUUAUAAUAAAAAUGAUAGAUAAAUGCUGAA